CUCCCUUCCUCCCACCAUCAUCUUAAACAAACUUCUUUACAAUCUCAAACCAAUUAUUACUUUAAUUAGUCUGAUUAAUUAAUUAAUUAGUCGUUAUAAUUAAUUAAGCUUGCUAAUAUGAAUGCAUCCGAGGCGUUUAAUUCAAGGGGUAUGAAGAGUAUGUUGGGAGAUAAUCUCCUUAGAAACGGCAUGUUGUCAAAAUUAAGUUAUGAUCAAACUAGAAAAACAUCUACCAUCAAACUAUUGCCUGCACCUUCUUCGUCUACGGCCCAAGUUGAUGGAUCCUCGUCGUUGAUCACUACCAAACAACGUAAAAUAGAAUCAGUUUUUGCGACAAUGAACAAGCUUGUGAAAGGAAAAUUGAGCUUAGUAGGAAGGUUUGAGAAAGUGUUUCGACGAAUAUUUAGUGUUCGUGAAGGAGAGAAGUUGUUGAGGGCUUGUCGUUGCUGCUUGUACACCACGGCUGGUCCGAUUUCAGGCCGUCUCUUUAUUUCAACGGAGAAACUUGCCUUCUGUAGCGACAGGCCUAUCGCAAAAGUAUCCUCCCCCACCGGAGAACCUCUUAGGUUUCAUUACAAGAUUGUGAUACCAAUAAGGAAGGUAGAGAAAAUGGAAAAAAGCGAGAACAUGAAAAAGGCGUCAGAGAAGUAUAUACAAGUAGUGACAGCGGAUGAAUUCGAGUUUUGGUUCAUGGGAUUUGUUAAUUACAACAAAAAUUUCAAAUGCUUACAGCAAGCUGCAGUGUCCUCUCAAUGCUUGAUUUGCUAGCUAAAAGUAGAAUAAUGCAACAUGAAUGAUCUUAAUUACUCCGACGACUCCGUACUAGUAUUUUAAUUUAGGACGCGCGGCGGCGGACGGUGUUGUACGUGUAUGCAUUGUUAGCUGAUUGUAAAUUGAUCUACGUACUAGUAAUUCUAUAUGACGGAAAGAAGAUUUUCCCCUCGGAGUUACGUUGUUUAUAUUGCGCAAUUGUACGUGUUUUUAUACAUUCAUUCAAUUGGUGGAUCAAUUUAUUUUUUAUUUUUUAUUUUGAAA